GUCAAAGUGGACCGAUAUGUUCUUGAAACUGUGUUCCAAAACCAAAAGCGAAGGUCGAAACAACACGUGACUGCGAUCAAAAAUUUUUAGCUGUGAAAAUCGAAGCCUCAUGUGAGUCAAAUUUGCCGAUCCUGAAAAAGAGCUAGAAAGUUUCGUGAAGAUGACCAAAAUUAUUUGCGAAUGAUGUCCAACAAAUUUGCCGAUCUUUUUCUUUGCAACCUUUUUCAAACGUUCUCCAGAUCCGCCGCAAUUAUAUCUUUUCGACACGUGACAGGCGAGUCUAAGCAGUACCCAAGUUCUGAAUACAGUACACCCGAAAGAAGCUGUAUCAAGACUCAAGAGUCAGAAGCUACUACCGCAAGAAGUGUAGUACUACCCCACCCCCGUUUGGUAGUUUGUUGUUCCUUAGCUGAUUUAUUGCGGUCGUCCAGAGUUUUGUCUAGUAGCACGUAGAAGACAACCGCAAGAAUAGUAGUAGCUAUUUUCCUCCUCCUCCUACAUUCCUCGCUUCUUUUUUUUCGAGUCAUCCGCGCAAAGUAGCGACCUGGAAAGCGAUAGUACAUCAAGUUAGAUUGAAUAAGCACCGCUCCCCGAGAAGACAUCAUGUCGAUCCCUGUGUACGGAAGGAGAAGAGGGUGGGUGCCUCGCAACCCGGGGGACUUUGGGGAUGGCGGCGCGUUCCCGGAAAUUCUGGUGCCGCAAUACCCAUUGUUGAUGGGAAAGCCGGGUGUAAAGCCUACGGGAGGAGGUAAAGAGCAAUUUGUUUAUAACUGUUUCUUGACGUAAAACUUGGAGUUUUCAUCGCUCUACUCCCCGCAGAGGAGGUUGUUGUUCGAGCAAGUUUUCAUCUACUUCCCUGCUGCCCCUGAAUAUAAUGGAUGCAAAGAGCAGCCACCGCAGAAUUUUGAAUUGCGCAAUAAGAUCGAUGUUCAAAAAUCCUCCAACAUCAACUACUACUACCUACAGAUAACAAGACCAUCGCCCUCCAAACGGGGGCGGACGGAAAAAUCGCGUACGAUGCGAUCGCCCGCCAGGGUCGGUCCGCGGACAAGCUCGCGGUGUACACCAACGCCGCGUCCAUGAAGGAAAAAUGGUCCCGCUCGGAGGCACUAGUGAGGCCCGAAGCGGAGGUGGACGCCGUGAACACGAGUCGGACGCAGCUCGCGCUGCAAGAAAUAUUGAAGAAAAAAGUGUCCGUGGCAGCUUCCCAACUAAAUCCGGGCGGAAACGAGAAAAAGUCCAACUUUGUGAAGUACACGCCCGACGAGGACGCGCCGGGGUAUAACCCCGAGGCCGCGAACCGGGUCAUCAAAAUCACGGAGCGAGCGGUGGACCCGCUGAUGCCACCAAGGUUCAAGCACAAGAAAGUGCCAAGAGGACCAGGUAUAGAAAUCGAAAUGACAAUAGAUAUUACCGGUAGUGUUUCAGUUUGACACCUCAACAUCUAGGAUUACAUGAACAAAGUACGUAUUUCUACUGUACUACUCCACUUCCACCAGCAAUAUCGCACGAUAUAAAAAUUACCUACAACUCUAGGCACCCCUCCCCCGCCGCGGCACCAUUCCCCCCCGAGAAAACUGACCGCCGCGGACCAGAAGGCGUGGAUAAUACCGCCGUGCGUGUCCAACUGGAAAAACAACCGCGGGUACACCAUCCCAUUGGACAAACGUAUCGCCGCGGACGGAAGGAAUCUGCAGGACAGUAUCGUGUCCGACGGCCACGCCGAGAUGGCGGAAUCGCUUUACCAGGCCGAGAUGAAGGCGCGCGAAGAGGUCCAGAUCCGCGCCAACCUCGCCCGGCAACGGAAGAUCGAGGACGCGCAGACCGCGGAGGAGGAGAUGAAAAAGGCGGCGCGGGAGGCCCGGGAAGCGGCGCUGCAGCUGCAGGGCACGGCCAGACAGCGACAAGAUUUGGAAUCGAAGGACGAGCAAGACCGGCGAUACAGGGAGGAAAUCGCAAAAGAGAACAGGAGAGAAGUGGAGAGGCAAUUUAGGAUGGACAAAGCGGGGAACAAGAAACGUAUUGAUAUAUUGGGGUUUUUUGUCAACAUUUAGAAGCGUUUUUUUGUGCCGCAUACUGUGAGUUCCGGAUAGGAACAGCAUGCAUUUUUGACCUGGACAUUACAUACCUUGGUGCAUGAACAAAAAUAAAAAUUCUCUACUGAUCCGAUUUUUCUAGUUGAGAAUCUGCAUCGUCGUUCAGUAUGUUGUAAAGACCAAAAGAUAUUUCUAAGCAACUCCGCAAACUACACGACGUGAUACUCUACAGGCGGCCGCGACCGCGACGAGGAGCGCGACGUGUCGGAGCGCGUGGCGCUCGGGCAGAAGGUCCAGCCGACGCGACAGGAGACGCUGUACGACACGCGUCUGAUGAACCAGUCCGCGGGAAUGGACGCUGGGUUCGGCUCCGACGAGCGGUACCAAGUGUUUGAUAAGCCGCUGUUCACGGAGAAGGACAGCAACAAUUUCUACAAGCACGACAAGGACCGCCUGGAAGACGGCACCAAGGGGCUCGGGUUCGGGCAAAACGACGAGCUCGGGCAGAGCGAGCGCGACGCCGGGAAGUUCGGCGUGUCGGUGCAGUUUGAGCGGGACGAGGAGGCGGACAAGGACAAAGACGACUUCGGGGUCGAUCGCAUGUACAAAAAAGCCAAGCGGGACGAAAUUUGGUGAAGAGCGUCGACCUGGUCCACUUCGAUGUCUGCGUUCGUUUUCAGCAUGACUACUUCCCGGCCUUUGAGUGUGUAGGCUGUAGGCGGAACAGCGCCAUGAUUUAUGUGCUGUUAUGGCCACUGGGACGGCGGCGCAGGGGACCUGGUGUUUGUGCCGGGAUGAAGAAAAUUGUGCAUACUGACACAAACGCGAUCUUCUUCGCAGCACUUGGCGACAUUUUGGCAUAAGGGAAAAGAAAACACAUGCGACACAUCAUAUAAUACAAACAUCGCUUGAGCCUGAGGCAGGGCCGUCGUCACUGGCUUUGCAAAACGCCGG